CAGUGUUCAAGAUCCAACAAACCUCUCGCGAAAGAACACAAAUGCAUUGAGAUGCAUCCGCGAGAUUGACGGUCUGUACCACUCACACCCAUGUGGAAGCGAGCAAGUCACGAAUGUAGAAAUGCCCCCACAAUCGCACCGCACCCACAUCGAGUCGGCAUACACAGAUAGAUAUGGUCACACAAGCGAUAAAUACACGCAGGCACACAAAUGUAAUCAUUAUAUGCGUGGAAGCUCUCUAGCCACCCAGCCAGCCAUGUGACCCGAAGACACUAUUGAAUCCUUCCAGGGAGCGAUACAAACACACACGCAGCUCACUCACCCACUCCCCGACGCAUAAAAGACCUCACAUGCCUCACUCACUCUCUGCGCAGAAGAGACGCCAUUAAAUCCUCACAAUAUGCAGCCGGCACCACACAAGACUGUCCCUCCCUCCCUCACUGACCCCCUCCCCUCAUGGCCCCAUCCAGCGAUGUCGUAUCCGCCCCGGCAAGGCACCGCCAUGGAUAAACAUCACAAUGCACGCAACACAGAAGGAAUGAAGGAAGGAAGGGCUCGCUGCCUGCCUGCCCGCCUAAUCCCGGUGUCCCUGGUUGUACACGUGCAAAACACUCGUAGCCUCGGCGCGACACACGGGGCAGGUCACUGACAGCACCUUCUUCUUGCCCUUCUUGGCCGUAGCCCUCAAUCGCUCCAAGCACCCUGCACACGCCACAAAUGUGCAAACGGUGUGCAAACACGACCCUGUUGAUUGAUUGGCCCCCAUGCACAUAGGCCUAUGUCCGUACGUACCCUUGCAGAGGCACUGGUGGCCGCACGGCACCAGUGCAAUGUCAUUCGGCUCCGCCAAACACACCACACACUUCGGGUUGGUUUUGUCCUUGUCGCCGUCUUCGGCGUGUUUGGCCCGUUCCUCCUUUAGUUGUGCCUCCAUGUCAGCGAUCAUCUUGGCUGCGGCCUCCUUCUCUCUGCGCAGCUGCUCGGCCGCCUCUCUGUCUUUUGCCUCCCUUGCUGCGGCGAGGCGGCCCUCCACGUCGUUCUGGUAGGACUCGUCUCGCAGCAUCAUCAGAUGCUUGUUGCACUGGUCCCUGAGCUGCUUCAGGCGGGCUGACUCGCUGGUGGCCGCCCACUGGAACUGCAUGACGGCGGGAAUCGACGUGAGGCCGUCAAGCUUCUCCUUGGUCAGCCUGAGGAGAACACACAGGAGACAGAAAGGCAGAUUCACAGGCAGGUAGGCAGGCAGUUUGAUAGGUCUUCUCACCGAUCUGCGUCGCGUUGCCUGAGGUCUUCGUUGUCGUCAAUGAGGCCUUGCAGCCUGCUCCUGUAUGCAGCCCUCUUGGCCUUGGCCUCGCUAACCGACACGAUCAACCUGAAACAAACCAGACACGCAUACAGAGACAUACAUACGUUUGUGCGUUCCAUCUGUGUGUUCGGUGCCGUCUUACUCAUGGAUAACGGUGUGCACGUCCUCCAUGUGUUUUUUUGCCAUGGCGAUUUUUUCAGCAAUGUCGCACUCGGAACGGUCCAGCUCGUCCAGCCACACACGCUCUGCAGCAGCAGCAGAUGGCGGAGGGCUGCAGACAUGCCACCACACACAUGCAGACGUACGCAAGGGCCACAUGCUUUGUCUGCUGCCGCCCACCUGUCGCUCCUUGGGGGCAUGGCGGGAGGGGGAAUGAGAAGUGGGGCUCGGUCAUCGCUGGAAGGCCCGUUUGGCUGCCCUCCGCUGGCGGCCUGUGCGAGCUCCAUCAGCCGCUGCGACACGUCUGAGGUCAUGAGCUGGCGCAGCUCGGUGUCGCGCUUGUCGAUGGAGUCUUGGAGCCGCCGCACAUCGUCUGCUGUGGCCCUCAGCGCCAGCUCAUCCUCACUCAGACUGAUACACACACAAAGGGCAGCCAUGGAGAAAUGAUAGAAACACGGAUGUAGGCGCACAUGCCUUCCUUUCUCCCUCGAUCCCUGCCUGCCUGCCUGCCUGCCUGCCUGUCUGCCUGCGUACAUGGGAUUGGCCUCGCGCAGUCUGCCGUUUUCGUCUGUGAGCUGUGCCUCCUGUGCCUCCAUCUGGCCGAGCAACUCCUGGACGUGACGCAGAGAAGCUUCCAAGCUGACGAGCAACAACAGGGCAAGACAAGCAAAUGUCACCUGUUGGCCAGGUGUUAUGGCCGUGUCCUUUCGUGCGCCUACUCGGUCUUCUGCUCCUCUGCAGUGGCGAUCUGCCCCUUAAGCUGCUCCAACUCGUCAACCGCCUCCUGGAGCGAUGCAGCGAUGGCCAUCUCAGCUUCACGUUCAUCGUCGGUUCUGCACACACACACAACACAGCAACACACACUCAUGUUGAUACCAGUGGGACUUACACACUCAACAUCACAUCACAUCACAUCACAUCGCCUCACCUCACGCACGCUGUGUGUUUGUGUACUCGCUCACCUAUAUGCGGGCGGCGGCGGGGCGCUCGACGAAAUUGACGGCAUGUAGUUCAUUAGAUCCUCAAGCCUGCAGCAGACAGCCGUGGGUGUCGUGCAUGUGGGCUGUCCGUGGUUGGCGCACAAGAUCACAUCUUUUGCUCACAUGUCGGGCAAGUCACUGGGAUGGGCACCGUCGUGAAAGCCAUUUCUGCAAGAGGGAACACAAACGCCGCUUCCCCUCGCCCCCUCGUUUGCAUAUCUGCGUCGUCCUAGGUUUUUGCUUACGAUGUCGAUGGUGGCACAAACCUAGGGCUGCUCGACCCCGUGGUCUUGACCCUGUUGUUGCCCUUCGGGAUCUGCACCUUGUCACUCGUGGCCCCACCGUCGCCUCCCCUGGCGCACAGACAGCAACAGAAAUCGUGUGUAGGCCUUAUUCUAUCUAGUGCUGUCAGUGUUUCUGACCCCUUUGGCCUCCUGUCGUGCUCGCGACGCUCCACCUCCUCCCGCUGUCUCGCGUCGACCCCCCGGCCCCCUCCCAUCCCAUAUCCGCUGCCCAGCAGUCCCCGCUGGUUGCGGGGGAGCAGAGGCGACUCAUCCUCCACGUCACUGUCGCUCAUGGCACGUGAAGCAGACGGGAAGCCCCAGUGCUGCUGGCGAUCUACGUGCAGCUGCCCGCUCGUGCCCCGGGCUCCACAGCUGACAGAGGGGCCGUCGAGGGUGGGGGUCCUGCAGUCGUCACCCGGAAUCGACGGCCGCUUCGGCAUAUGAGGGACCAUCCCGCCAUUGCCUGGUGACGACUUGAGCCGGCCCGCAGAGAAUGCAGCACUCGACAGCGGAAUGGGGGCGGGCAUCCGGAUGUCUGUGUUGGCGGCCUGAUGACGAUCCUCAUUGGCGGCAGGUGGGAACGAGGGCCGGGAAGGCUUGCUCAGCUGACAUGUGGGCGGUGGGGCCUCGUACUGCUCUUCUUGUCCUUCUGUUUCUGUUUCUUGCCCUGACUCAUCUGGUGUCUUCCGCGUUGUGCGAAUGCCGAAUUGAGCAGCAUCGCUUCACCGUCCUUAGCCGCACAAUCGCCGUCGCCUCCAUCAGCCGUCGACUCGACUGCCUCGCCGCCAGGCCGAUCGCCGUCCGCCAGCGACGCAGACACGGACGGCACAGCAGCCACACUCGACCUGCAAAGAGAAGCCAACACACAGGACAGACAGAGCGAAUAAGUCGCCAAUGGCAAAGUGGAUUGAUUGCUCACAUGGCGAUCGCACUGGACGACGAGGGCUCCGGCUGGCCCGCCUCAGCCUCAUCAGCCGCAGCCGACGCCCGACUGGACACACCAUACACACACAUGAGGCAGACAGGCAGACAGGCAGUGAGUCGUCCAUCAGUCAUCCUCGGGUGGCUCACGGCUGUACCUGGUGGAUGCGGCAGUGGAGGGCGCCGAUGGCUCCACCACCGAAUCAGAGGGGCUUGCCUCAUUCCGCUGCUGCUGCUGCUGCUGCUGCUGUCGGCCCUUGCCGCUCUUGGUCUUCUUGCCCCUGCCUGUGUUGGCCGUCUGGUCCUCUGUGCCUUUGCCCUCCUUCUGGCUUUCAGUCCGCUUGGCCGCGGCUUCCUGGGCUGCCAGCUCAGCGGGCGACAUGGUUGGCUGUGAAGCGGUCUUGGCCCUGCUGUCCUUGUCGUGCCGCUGGGGGCAGUCAGAGGCGGGUGGAGGUGUGGGCAGCGUCGGGUGAGGGGGAGGGGAGGACGGUGGAGGAGUCAAACACGGCAGACGACUGACAGAAGGGACCGUACACAGACGAUGACGGAGUGUCAUGCCCGACGCGAGUGCCGUUUGCAUCCCACCCACGCCCACCAGUGUUGCUUUGUCGACGGAGACAACACACCAGUCGGACGACCCACAGACCUGCAGAAUAAGAAGGAAGAAAGAUCGCAUAUAUGUGUCCUACGCGGCAGCAGUGGUGUGUGUGGUGUGUGUACCCCUGAUCGACAUCAUUAGAGGGACCGCCUCCGGACACCGAUGGCUGCUGCUCGUCGCCAUCCGACCCAUCGUUGCAUUCCUCGGCCGGCACGCCACCAUCAUCAGACAACUCAGCACUGACCGAACAACAGAGGGGCAGACGGCCAUGACAUGUCACACAGAUAUCGAUUAGCGGGCCCCGUCCCCUCUUUUGCCACCCUGUGUGUUCGACAGCGGCGCUAGAUGACGAUGCACUGGCGGCCGCCGAUGCACUGGCCUGCCCGCCUCCUCCGCCCUUGCCCUUCUUCUUGUUGUUGGGUCGCUUCUUCUUGCCGGGUGGUGCGGUACUGGUGGUGGUGGUGGUAGUGGUAGUGGGGUGUGUCUGCUGCUGGGGUGAUGAUGACAUGUCGGCAAUGGCUUCCUGAUACACCAUCUCAUAGCGCUUGUCCUCUUCCUUCUCGAUGCGAUUAAAUAGUGCGAGCACCUGCAUGUCGAUUCAUGAGAUGAUCGGGAUAGCCACGACAGAGAGUCAUGGGGGGGGGUGUACGUGACGUGAUGCGGUGUGCGUCUUAGCUGACCUUUUCGGGCACGUUGAGUUGUUUGUCCUUCUUGCCCUUCCGCUGUUCUACUCCACGUAGCGCCUUAACAGAGUCGAGCUGACCACAGAGAGAGGGAGAGAAUGACCCACGUGGUGGUAUGGAUUGUCUUGGGGUGCGUGUUGUGUGUGCAUAAUUACUUGUAGGAUUUCUGCUGCGAUGUUGUUUUGGGCUUGGCCUUUCUUCUUCAUCCGCUCUUCCCCAUAUCUGCAUGCCGGGAGUACAGACGAAGUCGCGCUGCGCCGUCAGUCAGUGUCAGUGACCCACUAACUUGAUGAGUAAUUCCAGGAUAUAAUACGCGCUGUCGACGACACUCUUUUCGACGUUAUCGAGCUCUGCAUUGGUGCCGUGAUGGCCUCUCGACAUGCAGAGCAACUUGCACACGACAGGGGCAAACUGCUCCCGGACGGCGACCUGCCGAGCAAGGCGCAUACACACACGCGUGCAGAGAGGGACCCACUCGGCCCACAGAGAUGUACCUGAGGUGCAUCUGCUGCUGUUCUCUGCAUUAGGCGCAUGAGAAGAGCAAGAACCAUCAGCCCUUGCACGCCGCGCAUCACUUUGUCGUCGUUGACAAGCUUGACGAAGGUCGCGGGCAGCCCCGACUCGAUGAGGGACUGAGUGUGUCCUGCACUCAGGCAGCCAAAGAAACAGACAGCAAGCCAAGACAACAUCGCCCUUCCUUGCCCUGUUCGUUGUCUUUCUGUCUGCCUGUCAGGUGACCUACUUGCUAGCAAUGGCGUCGAGAGAGCGAUGCUGAUCUCCGGCAGUGCUGUGUGGCCAUCUAGAGUGGGAGCCACGUCGCUGAGGGCACUCGAUAUGCCCCCCAAGACGGCCGGCUGGGUCACUCUCUCGACGAAGUCGCCCACUUUAACGACAUACACACAAGACCCCCCUGCACACACAAACGCAUACCAUACAGGGAGGGAUCGAUGGCCUGGUGCAUAUGUACCUGCGUGGUACACAUACCUAGGAAUUCCUCUAGCAGCAGAGCGAUGAGUUUGGUGAAGGCUCCCACCUUGACAGACGCCGCCCACUUGUCUGCAGGGGUUGCACUGGUGGACGUGAGGACGUCCACGAACUGGUCUGCAUAGACAAAGACGUGCUUCUGGAGUGCGCCCACAAUUGCAGCGUCGACCUCGCUUGGCCGCUCUGCACACACAAGCACAGACAACCAUACAUUCACUGAUUCAUUGCCAUCAACAACGCGCUCGAGCAACGGACUGACUGAAUGACUCACCUUUGACCAGCACCUGACGCACGAAUCCAUCCAUCUUCUUCACAAGCUCAAAGGUCGGCAAGCACUCGCUGGGCGGCAUGGCCAUCAGUCUGUGGAAUGACGCCAGCCUCAAGGACACCAGGGCGGCCGACGGCUCUGCUCCAUCCAGCAGCUCCCCGAUGAACUCCAUCAUCACCACAUCCGGAGCAAACGGGGGAGUCCACGGCGCAUCCCUGACAAUGCACAUGUCACGAAGCAGGGCAGCCAGUCGAGUCAACGACCUAUGUCCAUCCUUCCAUCCGUCCACCCGUCCACCCAUUGGCACUGACCUGUGUGCAGCCAUGUCGUCGACCAUGUGCAGGAAGUCCAUGUGGUUGGCCACCAGAUGCCCGUGGAAGUCCUGCGUCCUGUCGACCGCCCUGCCGUACUGGAGGAUCUUGCACAUGAGCGCCCUGCCGUACUGGAGGAUCUUGCACAUUGAGAUGACCAGGCGCCCUUAUGAGGCCGACCGCAGCCGUCAGCAGCCUCUGCGGCGACCCCUCGCGGGCGAUGAGUGCUUUGAUGAAGGCAUCCCGAACGGCAGGCUGGGUGCCGCCGCUCCCCAGAGAUGCUGCGAUGAUCAGUGCCAUGUCCCUGCGGUGGGGCGGGGCCGCGGCAUCCAUGACGCAGGUCCACACGAGACGCGCUAGAGGGGCGGGGCUGCUGCACCGGGCACGGAUGCGCAGGAGAAUGGCCAUAUUGGUGGUGUCAUUGCCGGCUGCGUUAGUGGCAGCGAGGGCAUCGAGGCGCUGCUCGAACGCCGUCCUGCUGUCCGUCGACGCGAGAAGGGCGUCCACUUGAGCUGCCGAAUCAUCAGACGGCAGGGUGGUCAUCUCUUCAAGAUCUGCUGAACAAUUGCUGCUGAACAGGUUGCUCUGCGCCAAAAGGCGUUGUUACGGACCAACCGAAUGAGCUAAGCUGUGGUUAUCCAUCUGCGGGCCGCCACAUUCACCAUUUCCUUAACACCAGCAGCAGCGAUUUCAGGGAGCACCCGAGGCGGCCUGGCGGCCAAGUCCCCUGUUGGUCUGUCCAACAUGAAAACACGCCCCCUAACAUGCAACCCGG